AUGGCCUGUGUCCCCCCCAGCUCGGCGUCGGGCCCCCUGCCCUUCUUCCAGUUCCGCCCGCGCCUGGAGAGCGUGGACUGGCGGCGUCUGAGCGCCAUCGACGUGGACAAAGUGGCGGGGGCCGUGGACGUGCUCACGCUGCAGGAGAACAUCAUGAACAUCACCUUCUGCAAGCUGGAGGACGAGAAGUGCCCGCACUGCCAGUCCGGGGUGGACCCGGUGCUGCUGAAGCUCAUCCGCCUGGCGCAGCUCACCAUCGAGUACCUGAUGCACUCGCAGGACUUCCUCACGGCGCAGCUGCACGGCGUGGAGGAGCGGCUGCGCCUGAGCCUGGGCGACUGCGAGCAGAGCAAGCAGCUGCUCAGCCAGCAGGCCGGGGAGAUCAAGCUGCUCAAGGAGGAGUGCAAGCGCAGGAAGAAGAUGCUCUCCGCCCAGCAGCUGAUGAUGGAGGCCAAAGCCAGCUAUUACCAGUGCCAUUUUUGUGACAAGGCCUUUAUGAAUCAAGCUUUCCUUCAGAGUCACAUUCAACGCCGCCACCCUGCAGACUCUCGCCUUGAGUAUAAGACAAAGGCCCAGACUGACAAGCUGCAGAAGGAGAUUGACAUGUUGAAGGAGCAGCUGCAGCUCACCAAGUCUCAGCUGGAGUCUGCACAGCACGCCCACGCCACACGAUUCUCCAAGGAAUACGAAAUGCAGAAAGCAAAAGAGGAAGAUUUUCUGAAGUUAUUUGAUAGAUGGAAAGAGGAAGAAAAGGAGAAACUAGUGGAUGAAAUGGAAAAAGUCAAGGAGAUGUUUAUGAAGGAGUUUAAAGAGUUAACUUCGAAGAACUCAGCCUUGGAAUAUAUCAAGUCCAACAUAGGUACAUUAAAAGACGCCCAUGAGUUUAAAGAAGAUCGUUCCCCACACCCCCAGGACUUCCAGAAUGUGAUGCAGCUGCUGGACAAUCAGGAAAGCAAGUGGACGGCUCGAGUUCAAGCUCUCCAUCAGGAACACAAAAAAGAGAAGGAUCGGCUGCUGUCACAUAUAGAGAAACUUCGAACCUCAAUGAUAGAUGAUCUAAAUGCAAGUAAUGCAUUCUACAAGAAAAGGAUAGAAGAGUUGGGCCAGAGACUGCAGGAGCAGAAUGAGCUGAUCAUCACUCAGAGGCAGCAGAUUAAAGAGUUUACCAGUAAACCAUCAAACAACAUCACUGAAUUCAGAGGGGCUUCUUCAACCUGGCAGACUUUUGAGCCCAAGCCUGCUGCCCCGGCUAUCCCUAUAAGUGCCUCAGCCCCGCAGAUGUUGGAAGCUAAGUCAAACCUAACAAUGGCCCAUGUGGAGCAGCCAUUCUCAUCACAUGUCCUGGAACCAAUCGAAGAACUCUCAGAUGAAGAAAAAGGAAGGGAAAACGAACAGAAAUUAAAUAAGAAGACAUAUGCGAGGAAAGAUUUGAAGACUGGGUCCUUCUUCACUAAGGAGUUAAGAACACUCUUGGAGCAUAACUUGAUGAAGAAAUUGGAAAACUUGGGGAUUAAUUCAAACACACGGGGCAUUCCCAGUGAUCACCUGAACAGAGUCCUUAGAACGGUGGAACUGGGAAGACAUGAGCAAGCAAGAAAAAUACCUAACAUCCAGCAAAUUCGAGAAUCUCUUGAGCAUCAGGUCAGCUGUAAAAUUGAGGAGAAGACAUUGCUGUCUUCAGGGAAGUCUGUUACCAACUGCCAUUUCGUUGCUUUGGAUAAGUAUAGUGUUCCUCAAAUGGACACCCCACUGGCUGAAGAAGUACCCAAAGCGGUCCAGCUUCCUCCCCCAAGCAAAGCACUGGUUAGACAAAGAUCUGUUUUUGCUGACAGGAUGGCUGUUCCAAAAAGUAAGAAAACAGUCAUCGAAGAUCAUUUUCCCAGAAAAUCUUUAUCUACAACGACGCCUCCCUUCAGCUCUGAGGAGGAGCUGGAAGAGGAUGACUUCAUCCAGGCCUUUGUGUCCUCGGACCUGCUUCCCAUUCAGCCAUCGAGAAGCAGCAAGAACAGCUUCGGCAAGAACAGCACCAAAAGUGACACGGAUGGGACGGAGGGGAGCGAGAUUGAGGGCUCCGACGUGUCUUCCAAACCCUCAGUAACCUCCAUUAAAAUACAAACGGAUAAAGUUGAAAAGAUCAUUCCACAGCAGAAAACUAUGAACAAACCAAUUGGAGGGAUCCACAUUCCUGAGAAGUUUGACAGAAAAGAAGAAUUCAAAGAAGAAGAACUAAAGUGUGCAGAUGUGGACGAUGAUGACUGGGAUGGCUCAUCCUUAGAGGAAGAAAAGUCUCUGAGCAAAAAAACUGGACAAGACCAGAGGCAGCUUCCCCCUGUGAAGAAGGAAUUCAGUUCUCUUCAAGUGCCAUGUGCCUGGGGUGCAUUUGUCCCUCGGGAGUCCAAGGGAGAUGGACUUCAAGAUCAUGAGCCAAACACAUUACAAAGCAGCUUAGUAACUGUGACUGAAUGGAGUGACUUUUUAGAAGUGUAAUUUUUAAGUCCACACAGCCCGAAACCAGCAGUAUCUCAGCAAUGGCCUCCACCAUCCAGUGUUCCUGCCUUACAGGCUUCCUCAAACAACCGGAAGCCGGAAGCAGACUCAGAGAGCAAUGGUCUCUCUUCAAGGGCACCUCACACAGUAUUCAAAAGCAAAUUGUCAGCAGUAUUUUGAAGCAGAUCAAGGUGAUUGACUCCUGCUUGAAAACAAAAUGUCAUUGAAGUCAUAAAAAAGUGUUUUCUUCAGAAUGGUAGUCUAGUGUUUAAAUGUAUUAUUUUCAAGUGAAAAAAAUUUUUUUAACUUAUAGCAGAUUUGGGUUUGAAUUAUUACAAUUUAAAAAUGCUUUUAUGUAUACUGUCACAUGAAGUGUUUAAUACUAGAAAAUUCUGUUCGUACCUUGAAAAUGGAAUCAGUAGAAUCUGAAAAAAAUCCCAACAGUUAGGUUAGUUAUUUUUCAUAUAGAAAAUUUGAGUGAUUAACUCAUAGCGAGGCCCAUAUUAACACAUUUUCCCUAAGUUUCCUGUUCAUUUUCAGCGUUGAGCUUGAGUCCCGUAAGCAUGUUGCUAUUGAACAGUAACUUCCUGCAAUACAAUCUUGAUCUCCGUUAUUUUAUGAAUCAACUGUAGAUGCCAGUUAGUUGCGUCAGAAUAUCAAGUAGAAAAGAUUGAGCCAUUACUUGAAUAUAUAUGUAGUUUUACUUCUUUUUUAAGAUGCUCAACCCAUACUAUAAAAUACCUCAAAACUAAUUUAGUUAUUUUCUUGAGCAAUGAUGUUGUCAAAGUUUUCAUAGACACUGUUCUUUGCCUUUUUUUUUCUUUUACACUUUUGUGGUACUAGCCGUAAUCUUUCCUAAAACAAGAAGUCUUUAACUAAAUGGUUUGUUGGGUUUGGGGAUGUCUUCAUCUGUCAAGUUUACCAGUAAAGCCCUCCGUUACAUCA